AUGGCUGCUCAACUGGCUGCGUUCGCAAGCAAUAGAAUCUUGAAGGAGAAUGUGAAGAAUUCAUUUGGCAAGGAGGAUCCCUAUUUCGAACAGGUUCCUGCGUCACGAUUGGGUCGCGCAUUUGGCAAAAAGACGCGAAAACAACGAAAAGCUAUCCCUCCUGGACUGUCUGCCAAUGACGCUAAAAUCCUCAACCGAGUGAAGCGCCGCGCAUACCGUCUAGAUUACAGUCUUUUCAAUCUAUGCGGAAUUCGGUUCGGUUGGGGUGCGGUUAUCGGUUUGAUUCCUUUCGCUGGCGAUGGACUCGACGCUGCAUUGGCGAUGAUGGUCGUCAGGGACUGCGACAAGGUCGACGGAGGACUUCCCAACUCCCUACGAAGCCGUAUGCUGAUGAACGUCGUGCUCGAUUUUGUCAUCGGUCUCGUUCCCUUCAUCGGUGACCUUGCGGAUGCCAUUUACAAGUGCAAUACUCGAAACGCGAUUCUUCUGGAGAAACAUUUGCGAGACAAAGCGAGCAAGGUCGACAAAGCCCGUGCGAAGAAAGGUCAUCCCACCGGGGAAAGUCAGCGGCCAGUGGAUCUCAGCAUACCGGAAGAGUUUGAUAGAUAUGAGGAAGGACUGCUGCCAGAACCACCGAGCUACACAGAAGCUCCGUUGUCAGAACCUACCUCUAUAGAACAUGGUGUCGAAACGCGUCGUCCCGCCGAGUCACAACCUGCUGAGCUACAGCCUGCAAAUAAUCCUCAAUCUCGUCGCGACGGCAGCUGGUUCGGCGGACGGAAACAGAAGCGGAGUGAUUUGGAAAGUGGCGGUGGCCGCCAUUGA